AAUCGCAGGGGCGCCAGACUGGGCGCUGUCCAAUGGCGUGCGAGCUCCGCCGAGAGUAAUGUUAGAGAGCUGAAGACUGAAGACACUGCGUAUCGCCUGUGCUCCCUCAUACACAGCCAUUGCAGACCAUUGAGAUCCAGCGAUAGUCACUGGAUACUGUCACCAGGAUGGGGAAGGAUCCAACCAAGCCGAGGGGGAAGAUGUCCUCCUAUGCAUAUUUUGUGCAGACCUGUCGGGAGGAGCACAAGAAGAAACACCCUGAGGCUUCGGUUAACUUUGCCGAGUUUUCCAAGAAGUGCUCCGAGCGAUGGAAGACAAUGUCGGCCAAGGAGAAGGGUAAAUUUGAGGACAUGGCCAGGCAGGACAAGGCGCGCUAUGAAAGGGAGAUGAUGAACUACGUUCCAGCGAGGGGGGGAAAGAAGAAGAAGAAGUACAAGGACCCCAAUGCCCCCAAGAGACCUCCAUCUGCCUUCUUCAUCUUCUGCUCAGAGUUCCGCCCUAAGGUGAAAGGCGAGAGCCCCGGCCUGUCAAUCGGGGAUGUCGCCAAGAGGCUGGGCGAGAUGUGGAACAGCACCGCAGCCGAGGACAAGCAGCCCUACGAGAAGAAGGCGGCCAAACUGAAGGAGAAGUACGAGAAGGACAUCGCGGCGUAUCGCGCAAAGGGCAAACCAGGCAGCGGUGCGCCAGCGAAAGCCCCGGCCAAGGCAGAGAAGAAAGACGAUGAUGAUGACGACGACGACGAAGACGAGGAGGAGGAAGAGGAUGAUGACGAUGAGGAUGAUGAUUAGUAGGUGGCAGGUGACAUAAAGUGGUCAUUUUCUUGUUUAUAAAGCAUUUAACCCCCUUGUACACACUUCACUUACUGAAAGAAAAUUCAUUAGUAUCCAAGGGGUAAAAAAUAAAAAAAAUAAAUAAAACGACAAAAAAGGCUGUGUAUAUCAGUUGUUUUUAUGCUGUACAGUUUUUUUUUUUUCUCCUUUUUGUAUAGUUAACACUACACAAGUAUCGUGUCUGUAUCUUUCUGCCAGUCUUAUUUUUUUUUUUUUUCCCCAGUGGUAGUUACUAGACCACUAUCCUGCCUGGUACAGUGUAAAGGGGUGGGCUUUACAGUAUUUACCUUAGCUAGAGGUGCACAGCACAUAAAAAUGUUCUGAGUUAGAUCUGAGUGUUUCUUCUUCUUCUCCUCCUUUUUUUCCCUCCUUCACCUGUGUGUUUUUAUUUUAAAUGACAUGUUAUCAAAAUUGACGUAUCACAGUUGUUUUACUGAUCUUUAUGUACCACUGUAAUAGCAAAAUAAGACAAAAAAAAGCCUUGUUUAUUGUUGAAAAUUAAAUUGCUUCUGAUGUCAAUAAACAUUUUUUUUAAUAAA